AUGAAUUCUCAUUAUUCCACACGAAAAAAAUGGCAAACCCUACUCAAUAUCCUCAUACUUCAAUUAUUAGGAAUUUUUUUUUUUGCAAAAGGAUUUUUUCCAUACAAAGCUAAUUUAUCAGGCCUGUCAUCAAUAAAUGAUUUACCUCCAUUACCUACUGGAGAAAAAAUACUACCACCAAAGCCAAAAUUUGAUCGAUUGGUAUUUAUGCUAAUUGAUGCACUAAGAAGCGAUUUCGUGUUUGGAAAGAAUUCUGGAUUGAAAUUUGUUCAAAGUCUUAUUUCAGAAAAACUCGCCAUUCCUUACACAGCGAUAGCGACUGCUCCAACGGUUACUUUACCUCGAAUCAAAGCUUUAACGACUGGAACUGUACCUAAUUUUUUGGACGCAAUACUUAACAUUGCAGAAUCUGAUAAUUCAUCUUCAUUAGCAUCUCAAGAUAAUUGGUUAGUACAAUUGAAGAACGUUGGUAAUAAGUCUAUAUCAUUUUUUGGUGAUGAUACUUGGAUAAAACUUUUUCCUGGUUUAUUCCAUGAAACGGAUGGAACCACUUCUUUCUUCGCUGCGGACACAGUUGAAGUUGAUGUUAACGUUACUCGAAAUGUAGCUCCACAAUUGUCAAAGUCUGAGUGGGAUGUUUUGAUAUUUCAUUACCUUGGAUUGGAUCAUAUUGGACAUUCAAGUGGUCCUCGUAGUCCUUUGAUGUUACCAAAGCAACACGAGAUGGAUGAAGUUGUAAAGAUGAUAUACGAGACCAUACUGGAACAGGACAAGAAAAGGAUUAGGGAUGAUCUUAAUGCGAAGCCCACCCUUUUUGUGUUAUGUGGAGACCAUGGAAUGAAUGAGGCAGGAAAUCACGGUGGUUCAUCUAUUGGUGAAAUAUCAACCGCAUUUGUUUUCAUGAGUUCCGAAUUCAUCUCCAUGAAGCAUGUUCCUGAAACUUUUAGCAUACCAAACGAUGAGCAUUCCAUGUCUUUUUACAAAGUUAUAAACCAGGUGGAUUAUGUUUCUACUAUUAGCUAUUUAUUUGGAGUUCCUAUUCCAAAGAAUAAUUUGGGAAUUUUGUUGCUAGACUUGAUAGGCGAUAUUGAUGCUUUGGAGAAAUUGCGUGCGUUACAGUUAAAUGCACAUCAAAUAGCUGGUAUAUUACAGUCAAUUUGGUCAUCAUUUGAUCGUAAUCCUAACGUUGCCCAAAGUGAAUUGGAUUGUGACAUUAAUUCUGACGACGAUCAGGUACAAUUACAAUGCUUAUAUUCGAGGGCAUAUUAUAAUCACGCCAAGUCUCUGGAAUUCAAAGACAUCAGCUAUAUUAAUGAUGCGUUGUCAUUUUAUAACAAGUCUAGUUCCCGUCUUUCAUCGAGUUUUAGUGAUUAUGAUCUUGUUUCAAUGUUCGUGGGGUUAUGCUUUAUGAUCCUUGCUGUGACAUUUUAUUUGGUUACAAUGGUAAAAUCGUAUGUUCAAUGGAACAAACGAUUUAAUAUUCAAAGUAAAAAUCUACAAACUCAUUUAGAACUCCUUAGUAUACUUGGAACAGUUGGAUUUUGUUUCACUUUGUUUGCGAGUAGUUAUAUUGAAGAAGAACAUCAAUUUUGGUCGAGUAUUAAAACACCGUUUAUAAAACAAGCAUUUGUUCUUGUGUGUAAAAUGAUAUUAAUUAGAUUAAUUAGAGCUUGGAAUCAAACCGGUCAAAAAUUUGCUGGAGAGAUUGAUAUAAGGUUCUACCUUAACACAUCAUACAUUAAUUUAAUGUGGAUAUUAUAUUUUAAUACAAUUUCUGCUUUAACUAUAAUCACUUUACGAGAAAUUCACAAAUUAUUUGUUAUUAAUAAAUCACGGCAAAGUACUAUUUUACAACUUAUUACGCAAUUAUUGGUGAUAAUCAUUGCAAUAUCUGUAACAAAAUAUAAGUUAGAAUUGGACGGAGAUGUGAAAUUGUUUCCUAAAUUAUUUAAUUUGAUUUCUUUGAUUAUACGGACAACUCAAAUUGCAACACUGGCCAGGAUUAUUUAUAUGUUACUUGCUAUAAGCCUUGUCCUAUGUACAUUUGGUAUGAAAUUAAAUGUAAAAUUCGAGAAAGGGUCGAGUAUAAGAAAUUUUCCGAAAAUAACACUAUGUUUAAUAACAUAUUUAUUUAUCUUAUUAUCAAGACCACAUAAUGUACCAUUAUAUGGAUUAUAUUAUUUACAAUAUUAUUUAUUUUUAAAAUUAGUUGAUUAUUCAACUGUUACUGCUACUAAUAAUGAUUCAUUAUUAACCCCAUUAUCUUAUAAUUUUUUAAUAAUAUCAUUUGAAUUUUUAUCAUUCUUCUCUUUAGGUAAUUCUAAUUCUUUAUCAUCUAUUGAUAUAAGUCAUUCAUAUACCGGUAUUAACAACUAUAAUGUUACAUUCGUUGGAUUAUUAACUUUUUUGGGAAACUGGAGUGGUCCCAUUUGGUGGUGUUUUGCCAGUAUCAUAUUAAGAAAUGAGAUAUUAAUACGUUGGAAAUUAAGUAAAGAAAUUCGUAAUGAAGAAAUUGAUAUUAGUGAAGAAAAAGUAUUUAUAAAAGACAAAAUAAUAUAUGAUUCAUCACCUUUAAAGAUAACUUUAUUUUCUGAUUAUUAUAUAUAUACAUCAUUGUUUCAUUCUAUUGUAAUAUUUACAUUAUCUAUUGGAGUUAUGAUCUUAAGAAAUCAUUUAUUUAUUUGGACGGUAUUUUCACCUAAAUAUUUAUUUCAAAUAGUUUGGAAUAUUUUAUUUCAUUUAGGCAUUGAACUAAUUUUAAUUGGAGCUUUUGAGAGAUUAAAUAGAAUUUGA